AUGUCGAGCAAAAGGGCCAAGGGCAAGAAUACCAAAAAGCGUCCUCAGCGCGCCACCUCCAAUGUUUUUGCUAUGUUCGACCAGUCCCAGAUCCAAGAGUUCAAGGAGGCCUUCAACAUGAUUGACCAAAACAGGGACGGCUUCAUCGACAAGGAGGACUUGCAUGACAUGUUAGCCUCUUUAGGUAAGAACCCCACAGAUGACUAUUUGGAGGCCAUGAUGAAUGAAGCCCCAGGUCCCAUCAACUUCACCAUGUUCCUCACCAUGUUUGGGGAAAAGCUAAAUGGCACAGACCCUGAGGACGUCAUCCGCAAUGCUUUCGCCUGCUUUGACGAGGAGGGCACCGGUAUGAUCCAAGAAGAACAGCUUCGCGAGUUGCUGACCACCAUGGGUGACAGGUUCACAGAAGAAGAGGUGGACGAGCUCUUCCGCGAGGCGCCCAUUGACAAGAAGGGCAACUUCAAUUACGUGGCGUUCACACGCAUCCUCAAGCACGGCGCCAAGGACAAAGAUGAUUAG